GAAUUGGCGCGUCUCUGCAUGCAACAGGUUCUCACUCUGACUCCUUCCUUUACGCCGAGGUUGUGGAAACUUAACAGAAAUAUACAUUAUAUGACCUGAAAGAGUCUUGAAAUGGCUGGUCUUGAUGCACUUAUAAAAGAUUGUUGCAAAGAUGAAGAAGAGCUCAGGAGUCUCCUUUCAAGAGCUUCUGCUGGUGAGCUGAAGCAUGCUGUUCUGAAUAUUACCAAAUCACCUGAUGCCAGCUCAGUGCUCAAUUCUGCUAUAUCUUCUCUCAACUCAGACUCGAUGCAGAUCAAGAGACUGGACUUGAUCACUGCCUGUGUUGAUGCUCUGAAGAGUGAAAGCAUUGAUGCCCAGUGCUCCCGCGAUGUAACAGGCAUGCUGCUGCUGCAGCUGUCCUCUCUGCCAUCCUCUAGUGUGGCUCGGCUGACAAAGCAGUUUGUCUCAGCCAUCACCCGCUCAGAGCCGCUCACUGGUCGGUGGGUGGAGCUCUUCCCAAAGCUGCUGGCCAUGCUUUCUGAGUUCCCUGAGCUCGAGUAUGAUGGCGCCACCAUCGCGGGCAGCGUGGCGCGUGCAGAGGUGCUGGCGGCGGUAUGGCGCGCGGAGCUGACCGCGCCGACCGCCACCCGGCUGGUGGAGGUGCUCCGCGACCAGCGCAUGGCGGCCGAUGAGCUGGACGCCGUCCUGGACGCAGUGCGCGGCCUGCUGCGGCGUCUGGAGGUGCAGGACGUCCCUCCGCUGGUCUACCAACUGGUGCGGCUCUGCUCCGGACCGGCCGGCGCCAGGCUGCUCCACCUGCUUCUGGAUCACUUCGCCAAACAGGAGGAGCGACUGCGCGCGAAAGGGGAGGAGGACACGCGAGCGGCGGCCAACCUCCGUCAGGCGGAGGGCACGGUCAUCUACCACGUGACACACGCGCCCUGUCUGGAGCAGGGGCUGGUUAAGGAGUUCGCUCGUCACGUGCGCGCCUCCGUGCAGUGUCCGGCGCGCCUGCUGACGCCGUUCAGCCUGGCGCUCGCGCUGGCGCUGGCUGGCGGCGAGAGCCACGCGCAGACAGUGCUGGACGCGCUCGUGUCUGCACUGGGCCGGUCUGCGCGCGAGACAGCGCUGCGCGAGGAGAGCCGGUGGCUGCGCGACGCGGCGCCGCCGCCGGUAGACGCCGAGCGGCUGCUGCUGGAGGCUGCUGCACUUUCCGCCGGCGGCUGGGCACCGGCCGGUGACGGCCUGCUCCGGCUGUGCUUCGCACUGCUCUCGGCUGGGUCCAAACCUCUGGCGCGGCUCGGCUCCACCGCGCUGACGGCUCUGAUCGGCCGACGCCCGGAGCUGGCGCGGGACGCUGUCGGCCGGCUGGUGACGGCACUGGCCGGCGGUGUGAGCGCGGAGGCGCACGCGGAGGCGCUGGGUCACCUGGUGGCCGGCUGUCCGCUGACGGUGGCCGAGAGCCGCGCCCACCUGACGGACCUGCUGGCACACCUGGGGCUCCUGCCGCUCACCACCGCGCGCCGUCUGCUGGCCGCGCUUCUACCCGUGCUGAAGAUCUGUGCGCCACUUAAGGACCAGCUGGUGCUCACACUGCGGAAACUGCUGGUCGGGAAACGCUGCGAGGGCCGCCAGAUCGCCGUCUGCGGACUGCUCCUCUGUCUGCGCCACUUCCGCGUGGUCAGCAGCUUACCGUUCAGCCAGGCUUCACAGAACUUCAGCUGCGCCAUGUCGCAAGUAGCGGCCGACCUGGGCCCGGCCUUCCCCACAUCGGCCAACGAGGCGCUCUGUCUGGAGUUGCUCGGAGUGCUGCGUCGCUGUCUCACCCAGCAGGCCCCUGUCCGCGCCACACUGUACGCCGGCCUGCAUGAGGUCAUCAGCCGCAACCCGGAGCUCGCAGAGACCAUCAUCUCGAUGCUGCUGCAGCAGCUGAAGCUGUUCACGGACGACAGCGCGCGGGCGCCGCCGUUGAGGCUCGCGGCCUGUGUGGAGGUCGGGGAGGAGGUGAGCCUGCUGGAGCCCCUGCCGCAGAUGCUGGCUGCCCUGGCGGCGUGCUCGCGUCGCGUGCUGGCCGGGGCGAACACUGAUGAGACGGAAGACGAGGGCCCUGACGUGGUGGCCGCUCGCGAAGCUGAAAGAGUUCUGGACGACAUCGCCAAGCGCAUGAUGAACGUCGAACUGGACGACUUCGAUCUGGGGAAGGAGUGUGAUGUGGGCUCGUCGACCGAGGGACGGAAGAACGUGUUGAUGCUGAUGCUGCUCCAGGGUGUGUAUGAGGCACUCCUUGACCACCGCUGUCAGAGUGACUUCGAGAGCGACUCCGCCGCCGCCACCGUACUAAUCUGCAUUCACCAGAAGCUGGACUCUGUAGCGGAGUUUCGUCGAUCGAAAGCCUCCACCAAAGGCAAGAAGAAGGACUCUGCGGCAGCGAAGUCGGCAGCGGAGAAGUCGGCGUCUCGUGAUCCGGCCACCGAGCCACUCUGCCUCAGUCUUCGAUCAGUGACUCGCCUCCUGUCUGCGCUGACUACUGAUGCUAACCCGGCGCAUCACGUCUCCCUGGAGAAGCUGCGCUCCGAGACGAAACUGACGCAGCACGUGGCGAACGCGGCGCGUCAGCUGAGUGGCCAGCUGCGCGCCGACGGCGAGUGCGCAGGCGCGGAGGGGGCUAAUCAGCGCCACCUGGUGGAGCUCGCCUGCCGCCUGGCCCCGGCGCUGCUCAAACUGGCUGGCGCUGAGGAGGAGGAACUGUCUCCGACCUGCCUGGAGGCGCUCGCUGAUCUCCUGGAGGCGUUCAAACACCACUUCCCGGCGCGGAUGCCGACCCUGCUCGAGGAGACAGCUGUGGACGGUGCGGGAGGUCUGCUGACGCGUUGUCGUCUCCUGUUGUCUGCCGGCUGCGCGGCGCGCGGUGUCGCUCCCCUGCUGCGGCUCCUGCUGCUGGCGGCCGGCGAGGCGUCCACAGAGGAGCAGGCGGAUUUACUGAGCUGGAGCCAGCAGCAGCUGCGCCAGCCGCCGGCGGACGGCCACGCUUUGUGCCGUCAGCUAGUCGAGCUCGGUCUGUCCCUCGCCGACCGACUGUCCCCACAGUCCGGUGUGGCCCGCCAGGUGGCUCGCGCCGUCCACGAGCAGCUCGGUGACCUGGACGAGAGCGUCCAGCUGAUUGCGGCCGACCCGCCACUGGGUGCUGUGACCGAGCGCAGUGCGGCCGGCUGCCUGCUGGCGCUCUGCUCCCGGCUGACCGGCUGGCUGGAGGCGGUGGACUGGUUGCUGGCGGGCUGCCGCGCGGCCGCCGGCGCCACGCUGGACGAACAGCAGGCCAAGCAGGAGGCGGCAGUGUGCAGCAGGGUGCUGGCUCUGGUCGCUGUACUAGACGAGCUAGCGCAGUCGGCGGCGCCGCUCGGACCCGACACUGACGCCGUGCUCAAACUGCUCGGUAGGACGUACGUCAGCCUGGCGGCGCUGGUCAAGUACUACGCGGCUCGCAACAAGCACACCAAACUCACCAAGGCCACCGUGUGCGGAAAGUUCGAGCGGGUGCUGGAGGCGUGCGGCCGCUCCCUGACUCCACAUGUGUACGUCUUCAUCACGUUCACCGAGUCACAGCAGCGGCAGCAGCGGCAGGGUAAAGCUGACCCUGCAGUGAAGCGCGCGCGAGUGCUGCGUCAGACGCGUCUCAUCCCCGUGCUCGUGUGUAACAUCGAGAACUUCGAGAAGCACCUGAUCGCUCUCGGGAAGCGCACGAAGCUCGAUCUGCACGCGGGGGUGAAGCUGAGCACCUCGCGCGACUUCCGCAUCAUCCAGGCCACGCUGCAGGCGGCGCUGGAGAGAGCGGGGAGCUCAGAGGAAGAGGAAGAGGAGGAGGGCGCCGAGAACAGGGACCCGCGCGGCGCCGACGCUCCGGCGGGGACGGCCAGCCAGCUGGCCAGGUCGCAGUUGUCCCAGGGCGUGGUGAGGCUGACUCGGCCGUCACAGAAGCCCUCGAAGCUGUCCAGAUCGCAGAAGUUGUCGCAGCCGGCCGCCAAACGCGCUAAGGUGGAGAAGUGAUAUAAUGAUCGACCGGUAUGACUUGUGAUGAUGGAGUUCGAACGUUGAAGCUAACGUGUUGCAUCGUUGUACAUAGUGGAGGGCAUGCUUGAUGUGCCACAAACAUUACGCUGUAAAAGUGUAUGAGAUUACAGCUGUGCCCUGUCCAGAAUGAAAUACAUUUGUACUUUAUUA